CCAACAUAGAAGAGAACGCAUCAGGUGCGCACAUUAUACACGCGAUACGAUAUCUAUAUUGAAGCUUGACGAUCCUGGCUCGUCGUUCGUGCCACUAGUCAUUCAGCAAAAUGGGGGUACGGUAGGAUGCAUUCUUUCGUGUCGAAUCGCGCAAAGAGCCUGUGUUAUUUGUAAUAUCUACGUUAAUAAUAAGAAUCAUUUACGAUUACGAUGAGGUUAUUCGAGGCUACUUAAAAGGGGACAAUUAUCUAAUAAUUAUUAGUUCGUUCGUCGUUCGAAAAAGUAAAAAAUAAAAAAAAAUAAAAAAAAAGAGAGGAAAAGUAAAAGGGGAAAAAGAGAAGAAGAAGAAGAAGAAAGAAAGAAAAAAAAAAGGAAAGAAGAAAAAAUUCGAUCGAGUGCGUCGAGUGCCUAACUUCGUGUCGUCGUCGUCGUCGUCGUCGUCGUCGUCGUUGUCGUUGUACGGUGGAUUUGACACUUUGAAAAAAAAAAAAAAAAAGAGAGAGAAAAAGAAAAACGAUAAAAGGAAGAAAAAAAAAAAGAAAGAUAGAAGAACUCGCUAUAUCACACUUUACUCCCCUCUCUUUUACAUUUCUUUAUAUUCGUCUUAUUUAACUUAUUCUCGGAUAUAUACGUUUUUCGAUUAAUUAAUUAAACGUUUUUGGAGUUGUGUCGAAGCUCGUUAUGUCUGGAAAUCAUAAGACGGUGAUUAAGUGUCCUUCGGAGUACGUCAAGUUGAAUAUCGGUGGUUCGUUACAUUAUACGACUUUGGGUACAUUGCAAAAACAUGACACGAUGUUACGCGCCAUGUUCAGUGGUCGUAUGGAGGUUCUUACCGACUCCGAAGGAUGGAUAUUAAUUGAUCGGUGCGGGAAACAUUUUGGUACAAUUUUGAAUUUCCUAAGAGACGGCUCUGUACCAUUGCCAGAAAGCGCGAAAGAGAUGGCUGAACUUUUGGCAGAAGCUAAAUACUAUUGUAUCAGCGAAUUAGCUGAAUCGUGCGAACAGGCACUUCUUAGGAAAGAACGCGAAGCAGAAUCUAUUUGUACCGUCUCAUUAAUUACGUCUCAAAGAGAAGAACAACUUCUUAUAAGUAAUACUGCUAAGCCAGUAGUAAAACUUAUUAUAAAUAGGCACAAUAACAAAUAUUCAUAUACAAGUACAUCAGACGACAAUCUAUUAAAAAAUAUAGAAUUAUUUGAUAAAAUGUCUCUUAGAUUUAAUGGUAGGGUGCUAUUUAUCAAGGAUGUAAUUGGUUCGAGUGAAAUUUGCUGUUGGACAUUUUAUGGUCAUGGUCGUAAAGUAGCUGAAGUAUGCUGCCAUUCGAUUGUAUAUACAACCGAUAAAAAACAUACAAAGGUUGAAUUUCCAGAAGCUCGCAUUUAUGAGGAAAUGUUAAAUAUUUUAUUAUACGAGCAUCGUAAUGGACCCGAUCAAGAAUUAAUGCAAGCAACGUCUUCUCGCGGUGCUGUAGGUGGUGCGCCACCUUGUACAUCCGACGAAGAAGAGGGUGAGCGUUCCGGUUUGGCUCGCCUUCGCUCCAACAAACAAAAUACCAACUGACCCAACCUUACCAUCCUUAACCCGCAAAAUCCAGCAAUCUGUACAAUUUUUAAUGUUGUUCGCUCUCUUAAAACUCGAACUAAUAUAAAAUAGGAUAUAUAUUAGUAAAAGGACAGGAGAUGCAACAUAUGCAUACACUAAAAAAUUCAAUGUUAUGUGCCCUUGCUCCUCUUUCUCUAUCUCUUUUCUUCACAUACAAAAAUACGUAAACUAUAAUGCUAAACUCUCAACAAAAUGACAAUCUGUAAUGUCAUUGAAUUUUACAUUGCAAUAGUAUCUUUUUUUUUUGUUGUUGUUGUAACGGUGUAUCUUAACUCCUCACGUGUCUAGAAUAGUAUUUAAAUUGAUGUCAAAGCAGAAUGACAAACUCAUAUUUAGAUAUAUUCUACCUGUUUAUUGCUAAAGUAAAAAUGGAUUACAUUUUUUCAGACUUUUAUUAUAAGGAAUAAUGAUACAUAUAAAAAUAUAUAUAUAUAUAAUAUAUAUAUAUAUAUAUAUAUAAACAUAUAUAUAAAAAAUAUAUAUACAUACAGGAGAUUAGAUAUCUAAGUACUUUUUAUGUGCCAAACAUUAUAUUACAAGUCUAAAUUGUCAUUCUGCAAUGAAUGGAAUUACUAAAUUAUAAUGCAUUUUAUAUCAUAUUAGAAUUGCACUGUUACCUCUGUUAUGAGUAUUAGAUAUACUGUUAUUAUUAUUACUUUUAUUUCUAUUAUUAUUAUUAUUAUUAUUAUUAU